AUGAUGAAGCGAGUCAUCAGGUUGAUAUCAGGAUUAAACAGAAGAAUGCUGAAGCUACUUUUUACCCUCGCCUUGGUUGCCUACAUUGCUUCUGUUUGGGGAACGUAUACAAACAUGAGAUCAACGAAAGAAUAUGGGGUGGAGAUGAUUGAGCAGAAGAUUGAUGAAGCUGUGGCUCCGCUCCGUGAGAAGAUUCGUGAUUUGGAGCAGAGUUUUUCUCAAAAAUAUCCACCUGUGAAGUUCCUGUCAGAGAAGGAUCGAAAAAGGAUUCUGAUUACUGGUGGUGCAGGUUUUGUGGGUUCCCACCUGACUGACAAGCUGAUGAUGGAUGGCCACGAGGUGACUGUGGUGGACAAUUUUUUUACCGGGAGGAAAAGGAAUGUGGAGCACUGGCUCGGCCAUGAAAACUUUGAGCUCAUCAAUCACGAUGUGGUAGAGCCUCUCUACAUUGAAGUGGAUCAGAUUUACCACCUGGCUUCUCCAGCCUCUCCCCCCAAUUACAUGUAUAACCCCAUCAAAACCCUCAAGACCAACACCAUUGGCACUCUAAAUAUGCUUGGCUUGGCUAAACGAGUGGGCGCCAGGCUCCUGUUGGCUUCGACCUCAGAAGUUUAUGGAGACCCUGAGGUACAUCCGCAAAAUGAAGAGUACUGGGGCCACGUAAACCCCAUUGGUCCCCGAGCGUGCUACGACGAAGGGAAACGUGUUGCUGAGACGAUGUGUUACUCCUACAUGAAACAGGAAGGCGUAGAAGUGAGAGUGGCGAGAAUCUUCAACACUUUCGGCUCCCGAAUGCACAUGAAUGAUGGACGAGUUGUUAGUAACUUCAUCCUGCAGGCUCUCCAGGGAGAACCACUCACUGUUUAUGGCACUGGUUCCCAAACAAGAGCUUUCCAGUAUGUAAGUGACCUGGUUAAUGGCCUGGUGUUGUUAAUGAACAGCAACAUCAGCAGUCCAGUCAAUCUGGGGAACCCAAAGGAGCACACCAUUCUGGAGUUCGCCCAGCUCAUUAAAAGUCUAGUUGGUAACAGAAGUGAGAUCCAGUUCCUUCCCGAGGCCCAGGAUGACCCGCAGAGGCGGAGGCCUGAUAUUCGCAAAGCCAAGAUGAUGCUGGGCUGGGAACCAGUGGUGCCACUGGAAGAGGGGCUGAAGAAAACCAUUCAGUACUUCAGCAGGGAACUGGAGCACCAGGCCAACAACCAGUACAUCCCCAAACCCAAAGCGGCACGCAUGAAGAAAGGUCGACCCAGACACACUUGA